UUAUCGAUGACAAAACUAUUCGAUAAAUAAGCAAGCUCUGCGGCUAGAUUUCAUUGUGUAAAUUAAGAGUUGUGAUAUUUGUUUUAAACGAAAUCAUAAAUGGCAACAAAAGCAGCUUUACCUUUUGAGAUGAUGGCAAAACGGUUUGGUACCCUCAAGUCUCUGGCUGGCGUAGAAAGUCUGAGCUUUUUGAGACCGGCACAGACAACAGUCCAGCUGCGACAUGGAUACAGCACAGAGAAGCAGCCAGCAGAUGAACAGGCAGCCAAAUCAGAGUCACCGGAAAUAGAGAAGCUGACCAAAGAGCUGGCAGCAGCCAAAGAGCAAAAUGCCGAGCUCCUCGACAAAUACAAGCGUUCGCUAGCUGAUAGCGAAAAUAUGCGCAAUCGGCUGAAUAAACAGAUUAGCGAUGCCAAGAUUUUCGGCAUACAAAGUUUCUGCAAGGAUCUGCUGGAAGUGGCCGAUACUCUGGGUCAUGCCACACAAGCAGUCCCACAAGAAAAACUUAGUGGUAAUGCUGAUCUGAAGAACCUCUUCGAGGGACUGAGCAUGACACGCGCCUCGUUGCUACAGGUGUUCAAGCGACAUGGGCUAGAGCCAAUUGAUCCCAUCAAGCAGAAAUUUAAUCCCAAUAUGCACGAAGCGCUGUUCCAAAAAGAGGACUCCACAGUGGAACCCAAUACCGUGGUGGAGGUGACCAAACUAGGCUAUACGCUGCACGAGCGUUGCAUACGUCCCGCCCUCGUCGGUGUGUCCAAAUGAGGAGAGGCCAACUCGUCAUUUACAUAGCCUAGCCCCCAUAUGUUUGCAAAAUUCGCUUAUGCUGCAAAAUUCAUGUUAUGUUAACUAUGUAAAUACUAAUACAUACACAAACAGAUUUAUGUAAAUUCCCCCGUGUACAGGGAAUAAGCAUUAGGAAGAGAGAUUCCAGUAGAUGGAAGUAGAGUCGUUCCCUAGUUUUUAAGUACUCUGCAGCCGUCGGGAUGCAAGAACAUUUCUACCACGAACCUUGCCCUGGCUGGCCAAUUAAGGUCUUUAUACGAUAAUAAAAUGUUUAGUUUGUUUUCGA